GCCGUGUAAAGGUUAAAAGGGAUUGGGGAAAUACGAUCGAGAUAUUUGAUUUUAUUCUCCUUUGUAGAUACAACGUCGUUCUUACCAUUCGAUCGGGCGGAAGUUUAACGAAACGUUAUUACCGUUUCCAGGACCGACACGUGAAGAAUUCGAGCAAGGAUCCCCAGAUGGACUCGAGCCAAGACUACUGCCUUCUACUGGGUUACGAGAACAAGACGCACACCGUUUUACGUUUCAGCAGGCGAUACGAUACGUGCGACCCCCGGGACCUCAAGAUCACGGCUUCGGGCAGGUUUAUAAGGGCGCGGCCAUCCCCUCCAUUGCUAUUAAAUCGUAGCAACGUAUAUUAUGAAAUCGGCCACGGAGCUUAACUGCUUACACCGAAGCUUAAAUUAGGUGGCGCUCGCUCACAGCGUUGGAACAGCGUUAACCAAUUUUAUCGCUGCCGUUGGACAUGUAAAUUAGGUGAAUACAAAAUAAGCUAAUGCAAAACGGAAGCGAUUGUAUUUAAAGGGGGUGGAAAAGGAAGAAAGAGACGGUCAUGCGAAUUUAAGCCGCGUUCUUACGAACCUCCACGCUCAUCCCUGUAUCUACGUAAGUACUAACCAAUGUAUCUUAAUAUGGAACUUGAAUUACUUGAAUUCUUCCAAUAAUAAUCUUACAAACAUUGCGAUUUAUAGUAUUAGUUGAGAGACGUUUAAUAAUUGUUUUAUAAUUUUUACGAAUUUUACACUUGAAAUAAUAAGCAAAUAUUCUGUGUUUGGAAAGGAAGAGUAUUUGGUGAAUUCUGUAAAUUAGUGAUCAAUGGUUGAUCCUUUUUCUGUGUCGAGUGGUGAGCCGGCGAAUAACGCGGAUUCGUAAAGUCAAGGGAUUUAGAGAGUUCUAUUAAAACGAAGAUCGAGCAAAAGAAUUAUUGUUAAAUUUUCAAUGGCCUUCACGAGAUAUUGCCGUUGAUUUUUAAUAUUAUAUCACGAACGAUUAUUAAUUCCAACGGUGGAAUCGAACGGUGAUUAAUUCGUCUGUCAAGAAUAGAAAUUAAAAAUUAAGAUAAGAAGAAAAAUUAAUCGAGGAAUCUUCUGUUAAUUUCAACAGAGUUGAAUGGCAAUUAAUUAAUUUCUCUCUGUCAAGUACCCUUUAUCGGCUCCUCGCUUAAAAAUGAAUCAAACGAGGCGGAAAAGUUCUGAAUAAAGUGAUUAUCUCCGCGAUAAUUCUUCCAUAAGUAGAAGACCAAUUAAAACCAUCCAAAAAGAAAAAAAAAAAAAAACGAAUUAGAAAACAGAGGAAAUGAAAUCUCUCUGUUUCGUUAAGUAUCAUCAUUUAACAAUCGCCUGAUCCCUUAUCUUCGUCAUGCUUACACCAUCCUCGUUCGAAUAUACAGAAAUUUGCGGCGAUAGUAAAGUAUCCUUAUCCCCUGGUUCUGCGUGUUCUUUAUUGAAACACCGAACGGUGAGAUUAAGCCAGGCUUAUAACGAUUAUGCGUUAUGCGGGUUUGCCGAGGAAACAAUUUCCAUUAUCAUUAAUUGCGGUUUUAUAUGCAAAAAUGUGGCGGCACCGACCCGGUUCCAAGCAUAAAAAGGAAACGAGACGAAGGGGUGGGAUGGAGAAAAAUGGAGGG